UUUUAAUGCGAAGAAUAGUUGUGCUUCUCCGUUCAUUCAGUCCGCUUGACAAUUAGUUUCCAAUUAAAACGAAGCGGCAAAAAAACACGCGGCAGCGGUGAUCGGUCGGUUCGAUUAAAAAGCGGACAAACGAAAUCAGUGAAAUGCGCCGUCAGAGUUGAACGCUAAAUAAUUGAAUUCCAUUUUCCAUUUAUUUAUUUAUUUGAUGAGUGUUUCAGUUGUUUUAUUCUUGCAUCUCGGAAAGUGUUUUAUGACCGUUCUCGGUGACAAUAUCUUGAAAGUGGUUGUAAAUUAAAUAAAUAAACAAAUUAAAGGCGGUUUUGGCGAACAAAAAAAGAAACGUUUAUAGUGUGAAUAAAAAGUGUUAUUGUUUAUUUGCUCGUGUAUUUAUUGUGUAAAGAAGACAGAUGAUUUGUUUGAUUUGCUGUUAGCUACCGAGACAAACAGCUGUUAACUGAGGAUACCCGUAGUAUAACGGACGACCUCAAUAGGAAAUCUUUUUCCACUGACACCGCUGGCAUUAGAGGAAAUGAAAAAGGAUUAACGUGGCAAAAGGCCGACCGAAACAUUCAAGGAGUUCAGAAACAUUCAAGAGAAGAACGACCUGCCUGCCACCGACGCGUUGAAGAGCGACGAACGACGAACGUUGUCGACACCAUCAGGCUACCGCACUCAAAAACUCAACUACCAAAUCAAAUUACACUCUAACAAAUUAAGAAUAACACAGUGCUUGCACUGCAAGCAAGCAACCACAAAGGAUGAAGGAGAAACCAGCAGUUGGCAUAAGACCCGGUCUCGAGGAGUUGGAGUCGGAGUCGAAUGAAGAACAACAACACUUGCUUGGCGGUCAAGUGCAACAAAGCCAGCCACAAUGGCAAGUUCAACAGGCGAAACAACCACCCACAUCAUCUACCCGAAAUGAUUUCAGGGAUGGAGCUGUUCGCACAAACAGUUAUCCUCCUGAAAAUCCUUUAGGCAACUGGAGUUCAACUAAUCCUGCCACUGCCCCUCGUGCUGUUGGGGAGGACACCGAAGAUUUGAGAAUACAUUCUAAAUUAGAAUUGCAAAAAUUGCCCCAGGAGAUGUUGCAGCCGUACAACAAUAAGGAACAAAACGGUUCCACUAUAAUUCUAACGCCAACAUCAUUAACAACAGCAACACCACCACCACCGACGACGACGAUGACGACAACAACAGCGGGCGGUCAAAGUGGUAACGAUGAUGCCGAUGGUGAAUAUAAGGGUCCAAAAUGUUGGCGUUAUUUGACAAGAAAUUAUUCAAUUUCAUCACAACCUUUGGCCAUUCUGCUCAUCUUCUUAGGACUCUGGAUAUUGGCUUACAUUCAACUGCCCGAAUAUGCCGUACCCAGUACGGUGAUAAUGCGUAUCGUUCUACUCUUUGUGGGAGCUCAAACAGCCGGUAUCCUGGUGACAUUCAUAAAAUUACCUGACAUGUUGGGCAUGCUGUUCUUUGGUGUCCUGUAUGCCAAUGUUGGAUUGGCAGAUUUUACGGGCUAUGCAAAAUUCGAAGGAAUUCUAAGAGAGAUGGCCUUAAUAAAUAUUAUGUUACUUGCCGGCCUGGGCCUGGACGCAAAUGCCUUUAAGAAAUUAUGGUUUAUGAUAACACGUUUGACCCUGGUGCCGACCAUUGCUGAAGUCAGCAUCAUUGCGGUGUUGGCAUAUUUCCUGCUGAAUAUGCCCUGGCUGUGGGGUAUUCUUUUGGGUUUGGUUGUAACAGCCGUGUCACCCAAUGUCGUGGUGACGGUGAUGCUGAAGCUGAAGGAAGACCGGUUAGGCCUUAACAACGGCAUCCAUACCCUGAUCUAUGCCAUGACUACAUGUAAUGAUGUGGUGGCGAUUUUCGUGUUUGGUGUUAUUAAUGGCGUUAUAUUCUCAACAGGAGGAUCAUUAACCGAACAAAUUUUACAAGGACCCGUUGGUAUUGGAAUUGGCAUAGUUUAUGGCUAUUUAUAUGGUCUAAUAUUACAAUUUGUACCGUCGCGUAAUUCGACCUAUGUAAAUGGCCUACGUUUUGUCUUGACCGUCUUGGGUGGCACCAUCGCUGUAAUGGGCAGUAAAGCUAUCAAGUAUCCAUCAGCAGGCGCCUUGGGCUGUGUAACAGUUGCCUUCGUAGCCGGAAUUGGAUGGAAGCGUCAACAAGCCAAAAUGACGCCACAACAACGGCAAACAUAUGAAAAUUCUAGUGUAUCCAAACGUCUUGAUUUGCUGUGGAAAUUUUUAAAGCCCGUUUCAUUUGCGCUCAUUGGCAAAGAAAUUAAUUUUGCCGUUUUGGAUGGUAAAGUCGUUGGUUACGGUGCCCUGUUGGUGUUACUCGGAAGUCUGUUUCGUUUAGGAUUCGCCUACAUAUCCACAUAUGGCGGAAAUCUGUCGAGAAAAGAACGUGGCUACAUUACAAUUUCCGGCUUUCCCAAAGCAACUGUCCAAGCUGCCUUAGGACCCAUUGCCUUGGAUAUGGCACGUGAACUUAACUCGGAUGCAGAUGUUGUUGCCUUGGCCAAUAAUGUUUUAAUCAUAUCCGUUUUGGCCAUUAUAUUCACAGCACCAUUGGGUGCUAUUUUAAUGUUACGUUUAGCUCCGAAAUGGCUAAAACACGGUCCAGCAGAUGGAGAAGACGGUGGCGGCGAUGAGGAGGAUGGCCGCAAUGGGAACAGCACACAGCGGGCAAUGCCAAUCUAAAACCGCAAUCAAUGUCAGUUUAAUAGCAAAUCAUAAAGUUGAUACAACAACAACAACAACAAAGUAACCCAAAAGCAAUGAAACAAGAGAAGGCAAACCAGAAAAUAAAAAAAAAAGGAAAAAUCAUGCAUCAAACCCCCAAUAAACCAUCCAUCCACCCACAUAAUUCAAUAUUCAUGCUGCUUAGCAGAGGAAAAGAAGACAACACGAGAAAAAUAAUUUCUUUUGAUAUCACCACACUUCGUUGUAACAUUUCAUUUUGUUUUUUUUUUUUCCCAAACUCACCGUAGACAAGACGUCGGACGAUGUCGAUGACUAGGAUGACACUGCGCUCUGCUGUCGUCCCUCUCCCGGUUGUCGACAAUGACUUUGAUGAUGCCGUUCCAUAGAACCAUGACGUUGACUUUGAUUUGAAUUAAUUCAAAAAUUGGAAGAAAAGCCAAGAAAAAUAAAUAAAGACGCGUCAUGUGAUCAAAUGAAUAAAUAAACAAAUAAAGGAACAUCAAUCGUCGACGGCCAUGUUAAAUAAAUGCGAUUUAGGCUCAAAUUUAAAUUUAUUCAAAGAAAAAAAAUAAAACAAAAA